AUGGAUGGUACAUUUAGCAAAACGCCGCCUAAUUUCUGUCAAAUUUAUAUUAUUCACGCGCUCAAUUUUGAUACAUGUUUACCAUGUGUAUUUGGCUUAAUGGUUAAUAGAAAGUCGAUUACAUAUAAACAGAUUCUUAUGAAACUGAAAGAAAUCGCAGCUGAACGUGGCAAAUCUUUCUCACCUAACUUGAUAAUAACUGAUUUUGAACCUGCUCUACUCUCUGUGUUGAAAUCGGAAUUUCCAUGUUCGAAACAUAUGGGAUGUUUUUACCACUUCACCCAGGCGAUUUAUCGACAAAUUCAAUCUCUCGGAAUGCAACAACAAUAUGUGGACGAUGAAACAUUUCGUGGUCUUUGUCGAAAGUUGAUGGCAUUGGCUUUGAUGCCAAAAGAACAUGCGAAAAGCAGCUUCGAAGAAAUACACAAAGAUGCUGAUAAUCUACCUGAUCAAUCAAUGGAUCAGUUAUUGGAAUACUUUGAAGAUAAUUGGAUGAAUGAUGUGGAUCAGAGCCCUCAGCAGGCCACGAAGCCUGCUGCCUGCCUGGGCCUGCCUGUCUGUGACAGGCACAGGCCACGUUUUUAA